AUGCAGUCCUCCAUCGCUGUGAUGCUCGCUGCUGCGGGCGUCGCCGUCGCCCAGGUGGCCACCACCAGCGAGCCGGCCCUCAGCCAGAUCCAGGCGGCCGCUGCGACCACCCUGCCCUACUCGCCCACCUCCAAGGUCCAGGGCGUGGCCUUCGACCACUUCUACCAGAUCUGGCUCGAGAACAUCGACUACAGCUCCGCCGCCGGCGAUCCCAACCAGCAAUACCUGGCAUUGCAGGGAAUUGAGCUGACCAACUACUGGGCGAUUGCUCACACCUCAGAGCCCAACUACGCCUGCGCUGCUGGCGGCGAUGACUUUGGCAUGGACAAUGACAACUUCUGGCAGAUCCCCCAGAACGUCUCGACGGUGGUCGACCUGCUUGAGACCAAGGGUAUCUCCUGGGCGGAAUACCAGGAGCACCUGCCAUAUCCGGGCUUCCAGGGCUUCAACUACUCCAACCAGGAGACCUAUGCUAAUGACUAUGUCCGCAAGCAUGACCCUCUAAUUCUGUACAACUCGGUCACCAGCAAUGCCACCAGGCUGCGCCAGAUCAAGAACUUCACCAGCCUGUACGAUGACAUUGCCAACAACACGCUCCCUCAGUGGGCGUUCAUCACGCCCAACAUGACCAACGAUGGCCACGACACCAACAUCACGUUUGCGUCCGUGUGGGAGCGUGGUUUCAUCGAGAAGCUGAGGAACUACACUGACUUCUGGGACAACGCCCUGAUUCUGCUGACCUUUGACGAGACAGAGCAUUACCCCAUUGGCAACCGCGUCUUCAGUGUGCUGCUGGGUGGUGCCAUCCCCAAGGAGCUGAUUGGCACCAAGGAUGACACGUUCUACACGCACUUUUCGAGCAUUGCCUCGGUGUCGGCCAACUGGGGCUUGCCGUCUCUGGGCCGCUGGGACUGCGGUGCCAACAUCUUCCAACUGGUGGCCAACAAGACCGGCUACACCAACUACCAGGUCGACACCACGCACCUGUUGCUGAACGAGUCCUUCUCGGGUCCUCUGUCGACCAACACUUACUCGAUUUACUCGCCUGUGUGGCCCAACCCGGCCACCAACGAGAAGUGCUCGGCCGGCAAUGGCAUCCUCCAGCAGGUGAAGGAGACGUACGCCAACACGACUCCGACAUACAACUACACCAGCCCGUUCCCUUACGACACCAAGACUGGGCGGGAUGUGAACAUUCCCUUCUCCCGCAAUGGCACCACCUUCGUGUCUGGUGUGAACGACACGUCGUUGACCUCGACGAGCUCCUCGCCGGCGGCGUCCAGCAGCAAGAGUGCUGCUGGGGUGAGCAAUGCCCCUGGUACGUUGGCCAUCGUCGGUGGUCUGUUGGCUCUGGUCGGCAGUCUCUAG